AUGCAAAAGCCCGCCAGCGCCCCCUGGCACGUCGCCCUCCCUGCCUCGGACCUUGCCAAGCUCAUGCGCGGCCUCAUCCCCCGCGAGAUGGAGGACAAGUGGUUCUGCUACGCCGACGGCCCGGACGCCGACGGCAACCUCCUCUUCCGUCUCUGCCGCAGCUGGACCGGCGCUGAGAUCUACGUCCUCCACCUCCGCGCUCCGUCCGAGGCCGGCGACGCAGAGGUGACGCAGAUUACCUGGGAGGACCGCGGCGAUGGCGAAGCCGCGGCCAAGCAAAUGGCCGCUGAGCUGUGCAGAGCCCUCAUGGACUGCAAGUUUGCCGUUUCAUAA